AUGAUUCGAACUAUUGAGAAAACUGAAGAUACACCUUCUCGUAUACGAUUUUUACAAUUAACAAAUAGAUAUUCAAAUACUUUGUAUUGUCCAUGUUCAAACCAUGCUAUUACAUACAGUACAUUUGUUAGAACUGAAGUUAUUUUUCAUCAAGUUUGUUCAAGUCAAUUUAUUCAACAAAUAUGGAUUAAUAAGUUAUUUACAAAUGAAAACAUUUCAUUUGAAUCUACAGAUGAUUUUCGUGUUACUUUGAGUUUCUUUUGA